AUGCAGGACGGGGCACAAAGGCGCAGAUGGGAGCAUUGGUGGAUUGUGCUGCGUUUCUGUUUGCUUUUCUACUUUGGGAAACAGGUUUCGGCUCAGCUAAAGUAUUCGGUACCGGAGGAGGUGAAAGAGGGAUCCGUCGUCGGAAAUGUUGCAAAGGAUUUGGGACUGGAUGUCAGUAGUCUAGUACAGCGAAAGUUCCGCAUCGUUUCAGGAUCCAAAGACAUUCUAUUCCAGGUAAACCAGAAUAAUGGCGUCUUAUAUGUUCAUAAGAAAAUCGACAGAGAGCAGCUCUGUGAUGGCAAUGGCGUCUGUUUGAUCAACUUGAAAAUUGUGGUAGAAAAUCCGCUGGAGAUUCAUUACGUUGGAGUAGAAGUGGCGGAUGUUAAUGAUAAUUCUCCCACUUUCUCUGAGAGGGAGCAGCAUUUUGAAAUAGCGGAACACACACCGACAGGGACGCGCUUCCAAAUGCAGUCAGCCCGCGACGCUGACACAAGCAUUAAUAAUGUUCGAUUGUACAAGCUGAGUCAGAAUGACCAUUUUGAUGUUGAGGUCAGAGACAGAGAGGAGGAAAAAAUUCCUUUUUUAAUACUGAAGAAACCACUUGACCGGGAAAGCAGAGCAGAACACAGAUUACUGUUAACUGCUAUCGACGGUGGAAAUCCACCAAGAUCUGGCACCCUGAACGUCACAGUGACUGUUCUCGAUAUAAAUGACAAUCGUCCCGUAUUCAGUCAAGAGACCUACACAGUAAGGCUACAGGAAAAUGUCCCAAUUGGUACACUCGUUACUCAACUUAAUGCAACCGACUUAGAUGAGGGAUCGAAUGGUGCCGUUGUGUACUCACUUGGAAGGAAUCUUGAGCGUAAAGUGCUUGAUAUCUUUCAUUUGGACAGUGCAACAGGAGACAUUAUUGUUAAAGGUAAAAUAGACUUUGAGGAAACUGAGGUUUUCAAACUAGACGUUCAGGCUUCAGAUAAGGGCCAACCUCCUUUGACCGUUGAAUCUGUAGUAAUUAUUAAAAUCGUAGAUAUAAACGACAACGCUCCAGACGUUGACAUCACGUCACUCUCGAAUGUGAUACCAGAAGAUUCUAAACCUGGGACCGUUAUUUCAUUAAUUAGCAUCACAGAUAAAGACUCAGGUGUUAAUGGUAAAACAUCGGUAAUUAUUUCAGACAAUGUCCCAUUUGAGCUGAAACCAUCAUUUCAAGAAAAUACAUAUUCUCUCGUAACAAAGGGACAAUUAGACAGAGAAUCUAUUUCUCAUUAUGACAUCACAAUCAUAGCUACAGAUCUAGGCCAUCCUUCUCUGUCGGUCAUUAAAACUCUAAGCGUGCAGGUCUCGGAUGUUAAUGAUAACAGUCCGGAAUUUUCACAGAAACCUCUCGAACUAUACUUAGCAGAAAAUAAUACACCAGGUGCGUCUAUAUACUCUGUGAGCGCGUCUGACAAAGACGUGAAUGAAAACGCUGUGAUCUCAUAUCACAUUAUUAGAGGUGACGGGUCCAUGAAUGACAUGACAUCUUUCCUUAAUAUCAACUCUGAAAACGGAAAUGUUAAUGCAUUAAAGAGUUUUGACUUCGAAACUAUCAAGACUUUCAACUUUCAAGUAGUUGCUACAGACUCUGGCAGUCCACCUCUUAGCAGUAGUGUAACUGUAAACGUGUUUAUUUUGGAUGAGAAUGACAAUGCUCCAGUCAUCUUGUCUCCAAUCAACACCAACGGCUCUGCUGAAGGUGUGGAGGAGAUUCCUCGAAAUGUGAACGCAGGCCAUUUGGUGACUAAAGUGAGAGCAUAUGACGCCGAUGUAGGAUACAACGGCUGGUUGUUAUUUUCACUGCAGGAAAUUACUGACCACAGUCUGUUUGGUCUGGACCGCUACACAGGGCAGAUAAGGACCCUUCGCUCAUUCACUGAAACAGACGACUCUGCGCAGAAACUCGUCAUAGUAGUGAAGGAUAAUGGCAAUGUGUCUCUUUCAGCCACAGCGACUGUGAUUAUCAAUGCUGUGGAGCCGAAAGAGGCUUUCGCGGCUUCCGAUGUUAAAAGCAUGAUGAAAGAAGAUGAGGAAAACAACCUGACAUUUUAUUUAAUCAUUACAUUGGGCUCGGUUUCAGCGCUUUUGUUCAUCAGUAUCAUCGUAUUGAUUGUAAUACAAUGUUCCAAACCUACAGACUAUUCCUCCAAGUAUUUACAAGAUGCCAAUUACGAUGGAACAUUGUGUCAUAGCAUCCAGUACAGAUCCGGAGAAAAACGAUAUAUGUUAGUUGGGCCCAGAAUGAGUAUCGGUUCUGCUACAGGUUCGGCCAGCAAUGGAAACACACUAGUAAUACCAGGUACUAGGAGGAGGGGUUCUGGAGAGGUAAGUGGUGGUUUUAUUCUAAGUAAGUUUUGUUGCAAAUAUCCAAAAUAA